AUGAGCUCAACUCAGGAAAGCGAGCAUAUAUUCCUCCAACACUGCUCUUCCCCUUCACAAAGGGCCCCCGAGCCGACUAUCACCAACAGCAGUCAGCAAGAUAUGAACCAAAAGGUGCUAGUUACUGUUACUGUUACUGUUACUGUUACUGUUACUGUUACUAUUACUGUUAGUGUUAGUGUUAGUGUUACUGUUACUGUUACUGUUACUGUUAGUGUUAGUGUUAGUGUUACUGUUACUGUUACUGUUAGUGUUACUGUUACUGUUACUAUUACUGUUAGUGUUAGUGUUAGUGUUAGUGUUACUGUUACUGUUACUGUUAGUGUUAGUGUUACUAUUACUGUUAGUGUUAGUGUUAGUGUUAGUGUUACUGUUAGUGUUAGUGUUAGUGUUAGUGUUAGUGUUAGUGUUAGUGUUAGUGUUAGUGUUACUGUUAGUGUUAGUGUUAGUGUUAGUGUUAGUGUUAGUGUUACUGUUAGUGUUAGUGUUAGUGUUAGUGUUAGUGUUAGUGUUACUGUUAGUGUUAGUGUUAGUGUUAGUGUUAGUGUUAGUGUUAGUGUUAGUGUUAGUGUUAGUGUUAGCUGUUAG